GCGAGGCUGGAGACGCCGCCGACCGAGGACCCCCGCAGCCGCCGCAGCCCGGAGGAGAACAUGCUUGCCAAUUCAGCCAGCGUGCGAAUUCUCAUCAAGGGAGGCAAGGUGGUGAAUGAUGACUGUACCCACGAGGCUGAUGUCUACAUUGAAAAUGGCAUCAUCCAGCAGGUGGGCCGGGAGCUCAUGAUCCCAGGAGGGGCCAAGGUGAUCGAUGCCACCGGGAAGCUGGUGAUCCCUGGAGGCAUCGACACCAGCACCCACUUCCACCAGACCUUCAUGAAUGCCACGUGUGUGGACGACUUCUACCAUGGGACCAAGGCUGCACUGGUCGGAGGCACAACCAUGAUCAUCGGCCAUGUCCUGCCCGACAAGGACACCUCCCUGGUGGAUGCCUAUGAGAAGUGCCGGGGUCUGGCCGACCCCAAGGUCUGCUGUGACUACGCCCUCCACAUGGGGAUCACCUGGUGGGCGCCCAAGGUGAAAGCAGAAAUGGAGACUCUGGUGCGGGAGAAGGGUGUCAACUCGUUCCAGAUGUUCAUGACCUACAAGGACUUGUAUAUGCUUCGAGACAGUGAGCUGUACCAAGUGUUGCACGCUUGCAAGGACAUUGGGGCGAUCGCCCGAGUCCAUGCUGAAAAUGGGGAGCUCGUGGCUGAGGGUGCUAAGGAAGCAUUAGAUUUGGGUAUCACAGGCCCAGAAGGAAUCGAGAUCAGCCGUCCAGAGGAGCUGGAAGCUGAAGCCACACACCGAGUCAUCACCAUUGCAAACAGGACUCACUGUCCCAUUUACCUGGUCAAUGUGUCCAGCAUCUCGGCUGGUGACGUUAUUGCAGCUGCUAAGAUGCAAGGGAAGGUGGUGCUGGCUGAGACCACCACGGCCCACGCCACGCUGACGGGCUUGCACUACUACCACCAGGACUGGUCCCACGCAGCCGCCUACGUCACGGUGCCUCCGCUGAGGCUAGACACCAACACCUCAACCUACCUCAUGAGCCUGCUGGCCAAUGAUACUCUGAACAUUGUGGCUUCCGAUCACCGGCCCUUUACCACGAAGCAGAAAGCCAUGGGCAAAGAGGACUUCACCAAGAUCCCGCAUGGCGUGAGCGGCGUUCAGGAUCGCAUGAGCGUCAUCUGGGAGAGAGGGGUGGUUGGAGGGAAGAUGGAUGAGAACCGUUUUGUGGCCGUUACCAGCUCCAAUGCAGCGAAGAUUCUCAACCUGUAUCCCCGCAAGGGCCGCAUCAUCCCUGGAGCUGAUGCCGACGUGGUGGUGUGGGAUCCAGAAGCCACAAAGACCAUCUCAGCCAGCACCCAGGUGCAGGGAGGAGACUUCAACCUGUAUGAGAACAUGCGCUGCCACGGCGUGCCGCUGGUCACCAUCAGCCGGGGCCGGGUAGUGUAUGAGAACGGCGUGUUCAUGUGUGCUGAGGGCACCGGCAAGUUCUGUCCCCUGCGCUCCUUCCCGGACACCGUCUACAAGAAGCUGGUCCAGAGGGAAAAGACCUUAAAGGUGAAGGGCGUGGACCGCACUCCCUACCUGGGGGAGGUCGCUGUCGUUGUGCAUCCUGGGAAAAAAGAGAUGGGAACGCCGCUGGCGGACACUCCCACCCGGCCCGUCACCCGACAUGGGGGCAUGAGGGACCUUCACGAAUCCAGCUUCAGCCUCUCUGGUUCUCAGAUUGAUGACCACGUUCCAAAGCGAGCUUCGGCUCGGAUCCUCGCGCCCCCCGGAGGCAGGUCAAGUGGCAUUUGGUAAAGGCACUGACCAGCCCCCCAAGUGAGGAUGCACCGCUGCCACCAGCACACCCUCGGCCUGCACACCCUCGGCCACAGCUGCAGGGGGAGGGAGAGGCUGGGCUGGGCAACACACCAUCUGAGGGGGCCACGGGACCCGGGGAGCCCUCCCCAUGUCUGACACGUGAUUCACUGUGCUUCGAGCCAACCCUAACAGGCACUUUGAGAUGUGUUC